UGGUCAGGCGCCCUCAUUGGCUAGGCGAUGCUUAGUAGAGCCGGAACCCGGGAGCGAGCGAAGCGCAAUGACAUUUCCUCUUUAAAUAACCGGAGCCGGGGCCCCUUGGAGUAAUGGCUGCGUCGGCAGAUUUAAGUAAGUCUUCCCCAGCAACGAAUGGGAUCCCAUCUUCAGACACAACCAACGAAGCCAUGGACCCCUUCCAUGCUUGCAGUAUUCUUAAGCAACUCAAAACAAUGUACGAUGAAGGACAGUUGACAGACAUUGUAGUGGAAGUGGAUCACGGGAAAACAUUUUCCUGUCAUAGAAACGUUCUUGCUGCAAUCAGCCCCUACUUCAGGUCCAUGUUCACUAGCGGCCUUACAGAGAGUACUCAGAAAGAAGUUCGAAUCAUUGGUGUCGAAGCUGAAUCAAUGGAUUUAGUAUUGAAUUAUGCCUAUACCUCUAGAGUUAUUCUGACAGAGGCCAAUGUUCAAGCCUUGUUCACUACAGCUAGCAUCUUCCAAAUUCCUUCCAUACAAGACCAGUGUGCUAAGUAUAUGAUUAGUCAUUUGGACCCACAAAAUUCUAUUGGGGUCUUUAUCUUUGCUGAUCAUUAUGGUCAUCAGGAACUUGGAGAUCGAUCAAAAGAAUACAUCCGUAAAAAGUUUCUGUGUGUCACCAAAGAGCAAGAGUUUCUCCAGCUGACAAAAGACCAACUCAUAAGCAUACUAGAUAGUGAUGAUUUAAAUGUAGACCGGGAAGAACAUGUUUAUGAAAGCAUUAUAAGGUGGUUUGAACAUGAGCAAAAUGAAAGAGAAGUACACCUUCCAGAAAUUUUUGCCAAAUGUAUACGUUUUCCUUUGAUGGAAGAUACAUUUAUCAAGAAAAUUCCACCUCAGUUUGCACAGGCCAUAGCCAAAAGCUAUGGAGAAAAGGGACUAUCCAACACCAAUGGCUGUACGCAGAGGCUUGGAAUGACUGCUUCUGAAAUGAUCAUCUGUUUUGAUGCUGCACACAAACACUCAGGAAAGAAGCAAACAGUGCCUUGUCUAGAUAUAGUCACAGGAAGAGUGUUUAAACUAUGCAAACCACCAAAUGACCUAAGAGAAGUUGGGAUUCUGGUAUCACCAGAUAAUGACAUUUACAUUGCAGGAGGGUACAGGCCAAGCAGCAGUGAGGUCUCCAUCGAUCAUAAGGCAGAAAAUGAUUUUUGGAUGUAUGACCAUUCCACCAAUAGAUGGCUAUCCAAGCCAUCCUUGCUUCGAGCCAGAAUAGGCUGCAAACUAGUGCAUUGCUCUGGUAAGAUGUAUGCAAUUGGAGGGCGUGUGUAUGAAGGUGACGGAAGAAACUCCCUCAAGUCCGUGGAGUGUUAUGACAGCAGAGAGAACUGCUGGAUGACUGUUUGUGCCAUGCCGGUUGCAAUGGAGUUUCAUAAUGCUGUGGAGCACAAAGAGAAGAUCUAUGUUUUACAGGGAGAAUUUUUCCUCUUCUAUGAGCCUCAAAAAGACUACUGGGGAUUUCUAACCCCCAUGACUGUGCCUAGAAUCCAGGGCUUGGCGGCUGUGUACAAGGACUCCAUCUACUACAUAGCUGGAACCUGUGGAAAUCAUCAGCGUGUGUUUACUGUAGAAGCCUAUGACAUAGAGCUAAAUAAAUGGACUCGUAAGAAGGACUUUCCAUGUGAUCAGUCUAUAAAUCCAUACCUUAAGCUGGUACUUUUCCAGAAUAAACUCCAUUUAUUUGUCCGAGCUACUCAAGUGACUGUUGAAGAACAUAUCUUCAGAACCAGCAGGAAAAAUUCUCUUUACCAGUAUGAUGAUAUUGCUGACCAGUGGAUGAAAGUGUAUGAGACCCCAGAUCGGCUGUGGGACCUUGGCCGCCAUUUUGAGUGUGCUGUGGCUAAACUCUAUCCUCAGUGUCUUCAGAAAGUACUGUAAUAAGUAGCAGGCUUCAGCACGUCACUGGCAUCUCAUACUAAGGAACCUUGUUUAGGAAAUAAUGUCAACAUUGAUGAAAGCUGAGAGUUUUGUAUACAGAAAUGGGUGCUCGUAAAGGUUGUGGUGUGGGGAGGGAUUUGCUUUUAUCUUCAUGAUAUUUUCAUUUCAGUAAGGAAAGAUAACAAAGUGCAAUUAUCAGCAUUUUUCCACCCCUGGCAUAAAAGUAUCAUUCUAGAAUUUUGUGAUAAAUAGUCCCUGAGAAACCAGGUGAAUCAAGACAACUAUGCACUCUUAAAAAGCAGUUUGAGUAUUCCUGGGUAGAGACAUCCAAACUAGUUAACGUGACUUUUUAUUUUAAAUACGGGUAACAAUAUGAGGCAAUAUCAUUUAUUUAGCUGUGAUCUCUAACACAGAGAAGCACUAACUUAGAUCCUCAUUCUUACUAUUUAUAUGUAUUUACAUAUCUAUUUUUGUGUACUGUUUUCAAGUGUAUGAGAUUUUAAGCUCUGUCAAACUGAAGGAAAACUCAGUUUCAGAAAGAACUUUCAGUCACGUUGUUUCAUAUUCUCAUGUAACUUUAAGUUAAAACUUUGAAGUGGCAGUUUACUGUCCAUAACUUUUUCAAGUGCUACUGUCUCAUCUUUUAAAAUCCCAGAAAGGGCUCAGAUUUGCAGGUGACUGGUGCUCGUAUAAGUUAAUUCAUGUGUAGCUAGACCGGUUUAAAUGGUUUGAGUCUGUGUUUCUCUUUCAGAUUAGCAUGCUAGUUCCAUGGCUGUGGCACUUUGCCUUGUGACUCCACGAGGUCUGCUCUGUGUGAUAGGAUAUGGCCGAUGGCCAUUGGUCUAACUGGAUUCAGUUUUACAAUCCCAAGUUUGCACUAACAUGGGCUGUUUUGUUGCCCAACCUCUUUUUCCAUCCUCUACUUGUCCAGUCAUUGUUGGUACCAUGAAAGUUAUAAUUAUAUAACUUAAAAUGUGAAGUUUUACACCUACUUUUAAAAUUCUGUUUUCUAGAAAUGACUCUUGCAGUACUCUAAUAAUUUAGUGGCUUUUAAGGUUCAUAUUACAGUUAUAACCUCUUUAUUUAUUGCACUCAACAGUGGUGAAUAUUUUUAUGUUGAAACACUUGUUCUCGGUGAAGGUGAUAUAGAAGGAAGGAUGAAGGAGUGAACAGAAUCGUAGCUUUCUGUACUGUAGGUUCUAAGGAGCUGUUCAUAUUUAACUGAUACGUUUCUCAGUUGGUUUGUCCUUCAUGUUAAUAUUCCUAACUAAGUCCUUUUGUACCUAAGGCAAGUAUUUGGAUUGAUAAUGUACUCAUUACUAUGCUUACUAUAACCGGUAAGUAAUACACACAUAAGAUCAGAGUCUGUCCUCAGCUGGAAGUUUGAUUCUCUUGAAGAAAACUGGCAUGGUUUGUAUUGAAAAAAAAAGAAGAGAAAAGAAAAGAAAAAAAGUCUUGCACAAAUUGUAAGGUGAUACUGUGAAACAAAUUGAAAACAUUGCCUCUUGCAUCACAUACCUCCUUUUCCAGAAACUGUAGACUGCUUUACAAAGGCCCUCCGAGUAGAGCUGGUUCUCUGAAGCAGGAAGUCAAGUGGACAGCAUUCACAGAAUGUGUGUGUUUGUGUCCUGCACAGAUAGAUGUGCGGUCCCUCCUAAUCUCUGUCAACUUUGUCAACCAAUAUUUUUUUACCUCUCUAGUUUGCCUUGUGUUUCCUUUUGCUUCAUGCUGUUUUAGAGUUAUUUCUGUGAAUUUUUUGAAUUACAGUUUUGCAUUGCUAAUGAGAGGGAAAAAUAGUUUUUACAAGAGAUAUCCAUGUAAUUUAUUUUUGAAAGCUUUGUUGAGUAUCUAAGAUUUCCUGCCACUUUGACAAUCUCUGUAUUUAGGAAAAUGUAUUACUUGAAAACAAGACAUAGAACAUUGAGUUAGCAAUGUACGUGUUCCAUAUGAUAUAUAAAAGAACAACACACUGUGGCUAAUCUACACUAGAUUUAUUCUGUUGAUCUGUACAACAGUUGGUCCUUUUGUUAUAACAGUGUAUAUUGAGGGUAUCAUCUAAGUAUAGUGUGUCAAAGCCAAGGUUUAGAAUUUGCUAUGGGAGUAGAAUAUAUAUAUUGAAUUUUGUAUGAAGAACUAUUUGUUUACAUUAAAUAGCUGGGAUAUUUUGCCACUUUUAAAAUGAUUUCAGAAAAGGUCCUAGGAAACUAAGAUUAGUGAUACGUGUGGGUUUAUGUGUAGAUACUUAAGGUACAUUUUCAUAGUAUGAGAAUAUUAGUAGAAGGCACAAUGCUACUACAGAAUUAAAAGAUCUAACAAAUGCCAAUCCCACUUUAACUGUUUGAAGAAUGUACGUAGCACUUUUCCUAUAUAGUUUUUAUACGAUGAAAACUGGGCUAGGUGUAACUAUGUUGUAGGAAAGAAGAAAUUAUUUAUGUCGUCUUUGUUUCUUGUUCUCCUACAAAGUUGAUGUGUAAGCGUCAAGCUGAUUUCAUUGGUGCAUGAGGAAAAGUGGAUGUGAUCUGUAAGGAACCAGAGUCCCAUGUAAAGAAGUUUAAAAUGGCAUUCAAUAUUCAGUGCUCAGGUAUGUAGUAAGUACUGUAGUCCUAUGGGGCAAAUGUGUAGAUAUUUUUAAACAUUUUGCCGUAAUUGCACAAUUUUUUGCAUUUUUACCUGAUGUCAUUGUUUCUUGUAAUAAAACCUUUUCUGAUUGAAAACUGCCAGUGUUGUAAACUGACCUGAAGAAUGAAUUUUGAAAAAUUAAAAUUUGGUGAAAAUCAUAAA